AUGGAAAAUACAAGCUCAUCGGACGAUAAUAUUUUGGAAACGUGUGUUAUAGACAGCAGCGACCUGGAAUCGGCUGAAAAUGAAACAGGCGGUACACAAGUAUGUGAGAAUAAUGGCGCUCCGUACGGUAAAACGGAUUCGCUGAGUCGUAUCGAUGGUGGCUAUGAAAGUGAAAAAACGGAUAAAAACGAUGAUACAUUCGACGAAAACAGUGAAAAAUGUGCAAGUGACAAUGAAAUAGGGUACUACAGGGAUGAGGAUUAUAACUGUGAAGAUAGAAAAUACAUCGAACGAGUGAGAAAUGAUUCAGACGAUGCUGAUGCAGUGGAAAUGCAUUCCUCGCCAGAGACAGUAUUGAAUAUGAAAGACCACAACCGGUUUAACGCGGAAGCACUCAAAAAAAACAUCGAUGGAUCGCAACACCAGGAAUGGCUAUUAAUGGAAUCUUGUACGAGGGACCCCAAAAAAAUGGAGAAUCUACCCAAUACAACAUCUAAAAGUAGGAAUGAAAGGAAAAAAGAACGUGAUAAACAUGAGAUAACAAACGAAGAUGAACAAAUUGAUGAAAAUAAUGGGAGGGAUGCAGCUUCCGUGGAUAAAGACGGUGAGAAAAUGAAGGAUAGCGCGGAAAUAGCAGAAGAAGAGAAAGUUAUUGUGAAUAGUGAUAAUAAUAGGGAUGAAGACAGAGAUUUUGAGGGAAAUAACGAAACGGAGUGUGGUGAAGAAAUUGCAGACGAUGAUUAUGAGAAGAGUGGAGAAAACAAUAAUGAACGUUUCGAGGCUGUCAACGAUGUAAGAUCAAAUGAUAGUGAAAAUUUAGAUGAAAAUAAUCCAGAGGUUGCCAAAGAAAGUGGUAAAGAUGUGUCUUUCAGUCUAGCUCAGUUGAUUGCGGCGAAAAACGAUGAUAGUAACUACGAUGUAAUGAAACACCUAAAUAUAAUCGAUCCUGAGCUGCAAGAGGGCAGCAAGAAGAUGUUUAUUGAUGAUAUCGUGAAAGGUGAACAGUCCAAAAGUAUUUUGGGAAAGAUAGAAGGUGAAUUGCGUGAAAACUAUGAGAUGGAAAAAAAAUGGAGGAAGAGAAAGAAAUAA